UGCUUCCAAUCAGUGUGAACGUAGCUGGGUGAACAGGAACAAAACACAGAAGUCCAGGACACAACGAACAAACUGAGACAGUCCACUGGAAAAUGGUUUCUCAUUCAUUUUUCCUCCCAGACUGUCAACUGAAGUCACGAUGAUUGGAUUAAUAGUGCUGGGACUUCUGUGGGGAGAGCUCUCUGCAGCAACUGAAGAUGGCUCGGUCUGGAAAAUGAGGAACCACUGCAGUAAUGUCCUGGAACUGAGGCGAUUAACCUCCAGUAACUACUGCCACCUUCUUUUUGAAUGAGACAUUCACUCUCUCCGGUAUGUUAUCACUGGCUUGACUCCGGUAAACAGUUUCCCAGAGUUUUUGAUUGUUGGUUAUGUUGAUGGCAUCCAGUUUGUUAAGUACGACAGCGAUCAGAAGAAGUUGAUCCCCCGGGAACAGUGGAUGGUGGAGAGCGAGGGACCUGAGGCCUGGAAGCGGAAGCUAUUCCUUGCUCGGGAGCAGGAGCUGGCCUUCAAACAUGUUAUUCAUAACUUAAAAGUAAAGACCAACCAAACAGACGGAGUCCACACACACCAGAUGAUGACUGGCUGUGACCUGAGGAAUGAUGAAACUGUGAGUGGGUUCAACCAAUAUGGAUGGGAUGGACGAGAUUAUAUCAGCUUUGAUAAGGAUCUUAUGGUGUGGGUGACUCCGGUCCCCUGGGCAGAAAGCAUCAAAAACAGUUGGGAUCAAGAUGUAGUGGACAAUCAGCGAUGGAAGCAUUACCUGGAAGUGGAGUGUAUUGAAUGGCUGAGGAAAUACCUAGAGUAUGGACAGAGAGAACUGACAAUGGUUGCUCCCAUCGUGUCCUUUAUCCGUCUGAGUGAUUCCAACCGGCUGUCCUGUCUCGUCACUGGGUUUUACCCACAAGCCAUUGAGGUGACUCUGCGGAGGGAUGGAAUGUUGAUCGAUGAGACCCUGUCCACUGGGAUCUUACCUAAUCACAACGGGACCUACCAGAUCCGGAAGUGGGUGGAGUUUGAUCCAGAAGAUCACGCCGAGUAUUCUUGUCAGGUGGAGCACAGCGGGCUGGAAGAGACGCUGGUGGUGAUUUAUGUCCCAAAGUCUCACUUCCAGGUUCUUGCUACUGUCGGGAUUGUAUUUGGAGUCCUCGGGAUCAUCUCUCUCUCUGUUGUGGGUAUCAUCUUUCACAAGAAGAAAGCUUCUGAUGGAAAAAAGUCCACAGCCACAUUUGCUCGAAUCUGAUUUAUGAAUACUAUUGACCAUUACUGGGAACACCUCAUUCAAGCUGGAAGACUGGAACUGAUGUUAACUGUACAAAUCUGAAGGGUGGACUCUGUGUGAGUUCAUUGGAUAUCAGCUCACACUGUUCAACACCAAGUUUUUGGACUGGCCUUUAUUGUGGAAGAAUCAUUCAAUAUUCUGUAUAAAAAAAAAGUUACAAGGAGAUGCAGAAAAUCCUUCACAAAAUUAAACUUUAAUCUUGCAACAUCAAAGAAAAUGUCUUCCCUGCCUGCCCACGAGACCUUCGUUUCUCUACAGUUUAUACAAUCUUAGGUCCCCUCGCUUAUGAUAAUAUUAACAUACCCAAUCAAAGUGGCUUGCUUUCUCUUCGUAACCUAAUCAUCUUCUGCCUCAUAGGUUAAGUGCAAUGUAGUGAACCAAUCAUAUUACAUCAUCAUCCUCUUCUGUAAUAGUUCGUCUAUCAGCGAUUUAACUAGCUUAUCACAGUGCAAUACCAUUAUCUGUUAUUGGAGUUCUGUAAUAUGAACCUGUGCAUGCAUUACAAUACUAAGUUAGCUACAUAACUGCCAAAUUAACUUCCAUACCGUCAGGGGAUGGCUAUCUCUGUACAGGUCUGAAUCUUGAGAUAACUUCAAGCCUUGAGAUUUGAGCUAUAGAAACAUCCAGAAACAUCUCACCCUGGCUGUGGCCUCUUGUCCUCAAGGGAGUUGAUAUUCCAAGAGUUCUCACUCAUAUUGGAUUUUAGCAUUGUUCUCCUGGGUUUCUGAUUUACUGGGUUUUUGUGAAAUGCUGUGUAGUGAGUGGAGUCUGAUUCUGACAGAGAACUUAGAGCAGUUCAGAAGACCAGAUUGUGAGUGGAUUUACCAUCUUGGAGAGAAUGCAGUGUAGACAGACUUGAAUGAAACCUGGACUUUGAGAGUCAAAUUAUGAGGAGAGAUUAAAUAAACUGUCUUCUGUGAAAUGUAAACGUUUAAGGACUGAUUUGGUGGGGAAUUGCAAUAUAUUAAGAGAAAUGGAUGUAGUAAGUGGAUAGAAACUUUUCCACUAGUUGGGAGUCUCGGACUAAUCUGUGUAAUUAAAAUCGGACCGAUUGAGAGCCACAGUUGUACAGUAUGGAAACAGACCCUUUGAACUAACUCGUCCAUGUUGACCAGAUAUCCUAACCUAAUCUAGUCCCAUUUGCCAGCAAUUGGCCCAUAUCCCUCUAAACCCUUCCUAUUCAUGUACAUAUCCAGAUGCUGUAAUUUUAAAUGUUGUAAUAGUACCAGCCUCCACCACUUCACACCAUUCUUCCUAUAGGAGGAAGACCGUAAUUGUACACAAUUUUCCAAAAGUGGCCUAACCAAUGCCCUGUACAUUUGCAGUAUAACCUCCCAAUUCCUAUAGUCAAUGAUCUGACCAAUAAAGGAUAGCAAACUAAAUGUCUUUUUCACUAUCCUUUCUACCUGCGACUCCACUAUAUACAGUUAAAUUAAUUUGUAUUCAAAAUUCCAAUGAAGGGAUUGUCUAGGAUUUGAACAGAUGAAACUUGUGGAAUAAUGUUUUACU